AUGCGGCAGAAGCACUAUCUUGAGGCUGCGGCGCGAAAACUACACGCCAGCUGUCCGGGUCAAGCCCGCUAUCUCCUCUGGGCCUACAGUUGGUCACAAGAUGCUAAGAACACUUUUGAAGAAACAUGUCCAUACUGCUUCCAGUUGCUGGUACUAGAUAACUCUCGAGUGCGCCUCAAACCCAAGCCUAAACUGACACCCAAAGUACAGAAACUUCUUAAUCGAGAAGCAAAGGGUUAUACACUCAGUUUUAAAGAAACAAAAAUUGUGAAAAAGUACAAAGACUCCAAAAGUGAAUUGUUGAUUACUUGUAAAACAUGCAAUAGAGCAGUUAGACAUCAAGGUAAAAGUAGAAGCUUUCUAUCAUCAUUGAAGGGCACGCCUAGCACUCCUUCAACUAAACCCACUGUGAAGACACCAGAGAGAAAGACUCCGAGCUCUGCAAACCGAAAUCAUGUCAGUAUAACUAAGUGUCAUUUUAUGUCUUUUUUUUUCAGAACACCUACAUCUGGACAGUCAACACCCACUUUCUCUUCCUCAAAAAAUAUGAGCAAAACAAAAAAACACUUCUCUCAACUCAAAAUGUUGCUUAGUCAACAAGAAACUCCAAAGACCCCAAAGAUGGACUUUAGAAAUUUCUUAUCUUCUCUAUAA